CUAAAGCAAUUAAAUUUCAAACCACUUACCACUACAUGGAAUCUGAUACCAAGUAGACGUGAAGAACCUUUGACAUAAAAGCAAACAAAAGGCUUAAGGCUCCCUUAAGAGAAAGACGAAAGAGGAAGAAAUUGAGAAGAAGAAGAAGAAGAAGUGUGGUUUCGUUGGUGGUCAAUGGCAAAGUGUGGAGCGGAGGAGAUGGCAGCGGAGAUGGCAAAGGAGGUGGUGGAGGGACAAGAAGAGGCUCAUCCCUACGCUUUCCAUGUUUCAGGACCCCGCAAUGUUUCCGCUCCUAAUUGGAGAGACCUCAUCAGUUCCAGUUGGAAGGAUGUGAAUUACAAAAGAACGGUCAUUGCCUGUUUCAUACAAGCAGUUUACUUGCUUGAACUUGAUAGACAAGAGAACAGAACUGAAGAAAAUUGUCUUGCUCCAAAAUGGUGGGUGCCUUUCAAGUACAGGCUAGCACAAACUUUAAUUGAUGAAAGAGAUGGAUCUAUAUUUGGAGCAAUAUUAGAAUGGGAUAGGACUGCAGCCAUGGCUGACUUGGUAAUCGUCAGGCCUAGUGGUGCUCCAAGGGCUGUUUUAGCACUUAGAGGAACAUUGCUCAAAAGCCCAACAAUCAGAAGGGAUAUUGAAGAUGACCUUCGUUUCCUGGCUUGGGAAACCUUGAAGGGCUCUGUCAGGUUCAAAAUAGCCUUGGAGGCACUGAAAUCAGUUGCUGACAAGUAUGGAAGCAGCAAUGUCUGUAUUGCAGGCCAUUCCUUAGGGGCUGGGUUUGCACUCCAAGUGGGAAAAACAUUGGCCAAAGAAGGGAUAUACGUGGACACCCAUUUAUUCAAUCCACCUUCUGUCUCACUUGCUAUGAGCUUGAAAAAUAUUGGAGAAAAGGCUGGAUUUGUUUGGAAGAGAUUUAAAUCAAUGCUUCCUUCGAGUAGUAUAACUGAAAUUAGCAGUGACGAUGACAAGAAGACCCUGGGUAUCGGAUUGAAGAAUUUUUUACCCCAUUUAUAUGGGCCAAAGAAUUCUGAUGUAGGAUUUGGAAAAUGGGUGCCUCAUUUGUAUGUAAACAACAGUGACUAUAUUUGUUGCUCUUACACAAACCCUGAUGGCACAGAAGAAAACAAUGCAUCCAAGGAGAAUGUGCCUCCUACAAAUGGUCAUUUGGCGGCAAAGCUCUUUGUAAUGUCCAAAGGGAAACAGAAGUUUCUUGAGGCUCAUGGGUUAGAGCAAUGGUGGUCAGACGACUUGCCCCUUCAACUGGCUGUCCAGAAUAGCAAGCUCAUGAGCCGGCAGCUGAAAUCCUUGUAUAGCUUCCCAGCUCCACGGCAAACGCAGGAAAAGCUUCAAUAGGAAAGGGUCGAGGAUUUCCUUGUUUGCUCAAUGAUUCAUUUCUUAUGCACAAACUUUAAUUCGUAAUAAACAUUACCAUUAUCAUUCAGGGGGUGUGAAUAUGUCCUGAUAUACUUUUAUACUGGCUUUAUUGGUUUCUUGUUUUUGUUGCGAAAACGUUUGCCUUCUUGCCUGGAUAUAUGAAUUGUGAAAAGAGAGAGUAUCGAAUUGGCAAUUUCUAGUA